CUGGCUAAAAGUAGACGUUGCAUAUCAAACGGUCACAGUUUUCGACAUUUCAAAUUUCAAAAACCCCUGUUCCUGCAUUCCAUUUCCUACACCAUUUCCGGAUUAAAACCCUAGAGAGAGAAAGGGAGAGCUGAAUGGCUUCCACUAAAUAGAAAGAAGAGAGGGGAGAGAUGAAGAUUCCUGUUCUCACUGUGCUUAAGAAUGGAACCAUCCUUAAACACAUCUAUCUGCAAAAUCCCGACCCUGAAGAACCUGAAUCCAGCCCAGAAUCAUGUGAAAUCGAUGAAUUUUCUGGCAAGAAAGAGAAUGAGGAGGAGGUGCUAAUGGUUGGAAGGCAUCCUGAUUGCCAUGUUGUUCUGGACCAUCCAAGCAUCAGCAGAUAUCACCUUCGGAUUCAGUUGCAGAACCGAUGCCUGAAAUUCAUUGUCACUGAUUUAUCAUCAGUGCAUGGAACUUGGGUUUCAGGGCAAAAGAUUGUCUCACAAGUUGCAGUGGAUCUUCAAGAGGGCGAUACUUUAAGGCUUGGAGCUUCAACUAGGAUCUAUAAACUCAGAUGGGUUGCAAUGGAUUCGGCAUUUGAUUUUGAAAACACCAAUUUCUCAGCUGUUUCCCAAGAACAGGACAUGUAUCAUCAGGUAGUUCAAUGUGAAUUUCCUUUUCUCCAGAAGUACCAUAUGAGGCAUUUUCACGGCAAAUCUUUGAUUGUUCAGGAACAGGAGAACUAUCAGUCACCAUCAGUGAAGAAACCAGAGGAUCCAUGGGCUACAGAUGAGCCAUCUGCACCCCCAUUGCCAGAUUCUGCAAACUUUGAGUCUCUAGAUGAAGCUUUUACUGCCAUUGAAGUCCUUGCUGACAAAGAAAACCAAGGCCCACUGGGUAAAAGAUCUCAAAAGAGGGAACCAUCAAGUCUCUGGUCUAGAAGAUACAAAUCCACAAACUUCCUUAGUUUGAACACAGAGAAUGUGAUCAAUGAGAGCUUUGGAUCAGGAUUGAAUUCUAAUUUCAAUGGUGAUUCAGAGGUUCUUAAAGAGAAUUAUUUUGCUGGGGCUACAAAUAAUGGAAUGAUGUAUCCAGAAUAUCAGGGAUCAUCAUUAUCCAAAGCAAUUUCGAAGCGUUUGAGUGAGGAAGGAGAAGAAAUGUAUGUUUCUGAUAAAGAGAACAUGACCCCAAGAUCUUCAACAGGUAAGUUAAGGCCAAAGAAGAAAUCCACCUCUGAAAACUCCUCGAGACUUAAACAAGGGAGGAUUUCUCAGAAAAAUAUUGCAGAAAGGAUCCCCUUUCAGUCUUUGCCUAAAGGCUCUGGUAGCAACAUCAACCAGUCAGCUCCUCCUCUCUCUACUACUUCUAGGAACAGCAAUGUUCUCGCUGAGAGAAAAGAGAGCUCAUCUGCUAAUCAAACUGUGGAUCAACGUGAUGAAAAGGCAGCAGGAGAGGUCAAGAAGAAAUGGCACAUGGUGGUGGACUCAAGUUCUCUUAUUAAUGAUGAAUCUCGGAGAUCACUGAAACUCUUAGAGGGUCUCAAAGGAACCCAUCUCAUAAUUCCGAGAAUGGUUAUAAGGGAGCUAGAUUGUUUGAAACGUCGGGGAAAUGGCCUCAGGUUUAGGAAGGAGAAUGAUGCUUCUUUGGCUCUGCAAUGGAUAGAGGAAUGCAUGGUAAAGAUGAGAUGGUGGAUUCAUGUGCAAAGCUCAGCAGAAAGCAUGCCUGUAGCUGUAACACCACCAGCUUCUCCACGAACGAAGUUGAGUGAUGGAAGCAACGAGACUGGUGAUCCUCUGAUACGAGGGAGCCUGAUGGAAAUAAUUUCACCAACCGCUGAGGAUCACAUCCUCGAAUGUGCCCUUCUCUUCAAAAAAUUGGCUAGUGAUGGACAACUCGUCCUCCUAACAACUGAUGUGACUCUGAAAAUCAAGGCCAUGGCAGAGGGAUUGAUCUGUGAGACAGCAAAGGACUUCUGUGAAAGUCUGGUGAGCCCAUAUUCAGAGAGGUUCUUAUGGGCAGAGAGCACUCCAAGAGGGCCAACCUGGGAUAGUUUGGAUGAUAUAUGCAUCAAGGAAAACAUGAGGAAAGGGGAGGAUGGAUUGAAGAAGAAGGCUACAGAGGGUGCAAAGGGUCUCAAGCUCAUAUUGCUUCAUAACUCGUCUCAUUAUGGACAGCACCUCAACCUUCUCAAUUCAGUCAAGUCCUAAUGCUCUCUCAUACUGCUCCAUAACUCUUCACAUUAUGGGCAGUAUAUUUCUCUCUCUCUCUCUCUCUCUCUCUCUCCAAAUUCUCAAGGUUCUGGCCUGAGGAGCCAAACCCUUGUGUGAAAUAAGUUCUGUCGUUGUUAUUGUUUCUUAUAUUGAAGUGUUUUCUUUUGUGUUUUUUAGAAUAUGAGUAGACAGUGGUAUUUUGCUUUUGCUUCUCUCGAACUGGACAAAAGCUUCGUGUCUUUUUUCAUCUAAAGACUAUUCAUCGUCAUUAUCAAAACUUGUUCUCAACUAA